AUGUUUGAGUUCAAAUACAAAGAGGUGGCUCCAAUCGGCACAGGAGGCUUCGGCUCAGUGUACAGUGGCAUCCGUAAAUCUGACCGUUUUCCAGUUGCCAUCAAACACAUUGAUCAAAAGAACGUAAAGCGUCAGCAAGUGAUGUGCAAUGGAAAGAUGUAUGACAUCAUUCUGGAGGUGGCCCUCAUGCUUAAAGCUGCAGGUCUCCAAGGAGAUGUCGGACGGUCCACUGCAGUGUCCCUUCUCGACUGGUACACUCUGGACAGCGAGUUGAUACUGAUGAUGGAAAAACCUACGCCCUGCAAUGACCUCCUAAAGUAUCUUCAAGCAAGCGGAGGAUCCCUGGAUGAGCAUGAGGCAAAGAUUAUCUUGAGGCAGCUGGUGGAUGAAGCCAUCGAUAUGCACUCGAAGAAUAUCUUUCACCGGGACCUUAAGCCACAAGAACAUCACUCCUCUGUAGUACCCAUAUACGCCCCCCCAGAGUGGUUGGACUACAGGAGGUAUCAGGCCUGCCCCACCACUGUUUGGCAGCUGGGGGCACUGUUCUACUCUCUACUGCCCGGCCAUGGGCGUUUCACCACCAGUGACUUUAUCAACAACAAAAUUAAAAUCAACAAGAAGCUGUCCAGAGACUGCAGGAUUUUACUGCACAUGUGCCUGACCAGAGACCCAAUGGAGCGGGCCACUCUGGAGGUUAAAUCCUCCGAAGAGAGUUCCUCCCUCCAGCACCUCAAAGUCAUGACAGCAUCACAACUGAAAGCCGGCCCACUCCCCUGGCAGCAGUUCUUAUCUGCAAUCAGAGGCGAUCUGUUUAUCACAGCACCGACCACCACUUCACCCCAGGCUCCUGACAGCUUCUCAUUAGGACCUUUAUACGGGCUGCUGGGAGGGGUCCAAACUGCUGAUCAGGUCACGGCGCUCUAA